AUGUAUCAAGAUAUAGACAAAUACAAUGACUAUACAAGAAGCUUACAGGAGGGCACUGCCAUGAAGGGAGAAGCUGAAACAGUAGAUCCCGCAGUCAAGUCGAUGGGCGUGGGUGGGGAGAAACCAAAGGAUCAGGUAGCUACCUCUGAGAGUGAAGUAGGAACGGCUGUUCCUGAGCAACUGUCAGGGCAAGAUGAAGUGUCACCAGCGGUGGCUGCGGAGACUGGGUCAGAUGUCUCUGAGAAGCCAGGGCAGGAGAUUACAGUUCUUUUGAACAAUGGUUCAGUUGAUGGACCAUCAGCUGUAGGAGAUCAGACUCCUAGUGAACCACAGACUUCUUCAGAAAGACUGACAGAGACUAAAGAUGGUUCAAGUGUAGAGGAGAUGAAGGCAGAGCUGGUUCCUGAACAGGAGGAAGCUAUGCUACCUGUAGAAGAGUCUGAGGCAGCUGGAGAUGGGGUUGAGACCAAGGUAGCCCAGAGGGCCACGGAGAAAGCACCUGAAGACAAAUUUAAGAUAGCUGCUAAUGAAGAGACACAAGAGAGAGACGAACAGAUGAAAGAGGGUGAAGAAACUGAAGGCUCAGAGGAAGAAGACAAAGAAAAUGACAAGGCUGAAGAAAACACAAAUGAAUCAGUUCUUGAAAACAAGUCUCUUCGAGAAAACGAAGAGGAGGAGAUUGGGAACCUAGAGCUCGCCUGGGAUAUGCUGCAUUUAGCAAAGAUCAUUUUUAAAAGGCAAGAAACAAAAGAAGCUCAGCUUUAUGCUGCACAAGCCCAUCUUAAACUUGGAGAAGUUAGUGUUGAAUCUGAGAAUUAUAUCCAAGCUGCGGAGGAGUUCCAGGCUUGCUUAAGCCUCCAGGAACAAUAUUUGGAAGCCCAUGACCGUCUCCUUGCAGAGACUCACUACCAGUUGGGUUUGGCCUACGGUUACAACUCUCAGUAUGAUGAGGCAGUAGCACAGUAUGGCAAAUCUAUUGAAGUCAUUGAGAAGAGAAUGGCUGUACUAAAUGAGCAGAUGAAGGAGGCUGAAGGAUCAUUUACUGAAUAUGAGAAAGAAAUUGAGGAGCUGAAAGAACUGCUACCUGAAAUUAGAGAAAAGAUAGAAGAUGCAAAGGAGUCUCAGCGUAGUGGGAAUGUAGCUGAACUGGCCUUGAAAGCUACUCUGGUAGAGAGCUCCUCUUCAGGUUUCACUGCUAGUGGAGCAGGAACCUCAGUCUCCAUGAUUGCCAAUAGAAAACCAACAGAUGGUGCUUCCUCAUCAAAUUGUGUGACUGAUAUUUCCCAUCUUGUCAGAAAGAAGAGGAAACCAGAAGAAGAGAGCCCCCGGAAUGAUGGUGCAAAGAAAGCCAAGCAGGAGCCAGAGCUGAAUGGAGGUAGUGGGGAUGCUGUCUCCAGUGGACACGAAGUGGAAAACAUGGAGGCUGAGGCUGAGAAUCAGGCUAAAAGCCCAGCAGCAGCAGAGGGGACAGUGGAGUCUACAGCUACAGUUGAAGGCACUGCAUGUUAAGAGGGAACAGAACCUUUCUCCCAAGGGAAAGCGGUUUUGUACAUAAUGUAUUUUUUCACUUUUGGGGAUUCUUUUUGUAUAACUUCAAUAAAGAUUGUAGGCAACAAAAAAAAA